UUGCCACAGACUGCCAUUGCAGGGCAGCACACUGCUGUAACAGGGCUAUUGUACAGACUGAGUUGCGAACUGCGAGAUUAGACAUGUUUUCCCAUUCGGUGCUGAGAACUGGAUUAUUUUUAUGCAAGCAGGACUACGGAGGAAUAAAAUGCCUGACAUCGGUAUUCCUCACUCGGACAACCAGUACACUAAUAGGUGGUGAUAAACAAAAAACCAUGGACGACUUGGAUGGUCCUAGCUUUCUGACAUCAUUAUACUGGCUCUUUGGGAAAGGUUAUUUUCAAACGACACACCAAAUGCAGAUAGAGCACAGCAAAAUCUACGGCCCCCUUUGGAAGUCCAAAUAUGGACCACUGGUUGUUGUUAAUGUGGCCAAUGCAGACCUCAUAGAACAGGUUCUACGGCAAGAGGGUCGCCAUCCCAUCCGUACUGACAUGCCCCACUGGAGAGGCUACCGAAAACUCCGGAAUCAUGCCUAUGGACCCCUCACAGAAAUGGGAGUGGAGUGGCAGCGCAUUAGAAGCAUCCUGAAUCCUCGCAUGCUGAAGCCCAAACACGUGUCCUCCUACACCAAUGCCAUUAAUGGUGUGGUGAGCGACUUUAUUGAGAAGGUGGCUAAGCUUAGGACAACAAAAGGCAAUGACGUUAUGGUGUAUGAUGUGGCAGGAGAACUGUACAAGUUUGCCUUUGAAGGAAUAUGUUCAGUGUUGUUUGAAACUCGUAUGGGGUGUCUGAAUGAUGUGGUUCCUGAAGAAACACAGAAGUUUAUCUUCUCUGUUGGGGAAAUGUUCCGUCUUUCUCCCAUCGUGAUCCUGUUCCCCAAAUCUCUCUGGCCCUACAUGCCUUUUUGGAAGCAUUUUGUUGCUGUUUGGGAUCAUUUGUUCAAAGUUGCGGAUGAACUGGUGCAGAAGAAGAUGACAGAGAUUCAGGAAAUGGUGAAACAUGGGCAGCCAGUGGAGGGCGAGUAUCUCACACACCUCCUGAUCAGUGAACAGAUGUCCUUCACUGAGGUUUUAGGAAGCAUUACAGAGCUUCUGCUGGCUGGAGUCGACACUACAUCAAACACUAUUUCCUGGGCACUGUAUCACUUGGCACGAGAGCCAGAGAUCCAGCAGAAGCUGUAUGAGGAGGUUAUCAGUGUCUGCCCUGGUGAAAAAGUGCCCUGCAGUGAAGACAUCACCAGGAUGCCAUUGCUAAAAGCCAUCAUUAGAGAGACUCUUCGUUUAUAUCCGGUGGUUCCUGGGAAUGCUCGUGUCGUUGCUGAAAGAGAAAUAGUGGUGGGUGGCCACCUCUUCCCUAAAAAUACUCUUUUCCACCUCUGCCACUUUGCAGUGUCCUACGAUGAGAAGGUGUUUCCCAAUCCUUCUGCCUUCCUCCCUCAGCGAUGGAUCCGGGAGCAGAAGCAGUUAAGCCAGCAUCCCUUCGGGUCUGUGCCGUUUGGCUUCGGCAUCCGCGCCUGCCUGGGCCGCAGAGUGGCUGAACUGGAGAUGUACCUCCUCUUGUCCCGGUUAAUUAAACACUAUGAAGUGUGUCCAGACCCUUCAGGAAGGACUGUGAAGCCAAUCACACGAACUCUGCUGGUCCCUGCCACAUCCAUUGACCUGCAGUUUAUUGACAGGCAAAAGGAGCAAGAGGAGCCACUCAAAGCAAAUGCUUCUGUAUAAAUAACUGUGCACUUCUCAAAGCAAUUCUGGCAAUUCUUGCAUGUUUACAUAUUUGAUAUGACUUACAUAAUUGAAAAAUAUAACUACAAUGCAUAGCCCUGUGGACACAAAAUGCUUACUAAAUUACAUUGCUUGACUGUUGCCUUUUUUAAAGGCACUUUUAUUUAUAAUAACAA